UAAUGUUAAUUCCAACUCCCAAGUGCGUCCGUUUGUUAAAAGUGGUUAUUAUUGAUUUCAUUAACAGAACAGUGCUAUAACUGUGUCGUUAUAAUACUUAUAAAAUUAAUACAACAUGUUUAUUGAAGUGUAAUAGCAUAAUACAAAAAUUAUUAUUUUGCAACCCGGUGUAUAAUGUAAGACGUGUACAUUAUUCGUUGUCCGUUCUCGAUCUAUUUUCAUAAGUGAAAAUGAUAUUUAUACUUAAGGUAAAUAAAUGUUACAUAAUGUGAAAAAAACAUUACAAGCGAUUAAGUAAAAUCAACAAUUAAAUUUCAUGUAAUUAUAUAAAAAGAACUUUGUAUUUAGUAAUUCAGGUAGACAGUAGAUGGCACUAGCGAUUCCCUGUACUUGACGUUAAAAUUGUGCAAUUUGACAAAUAAGUAUGACAUUCGUUUUGUGAAUGCGAUAUUCUCAGUGUAGUGAAUUUUGUGAAAAAAUAUUGUAAAAGUGUUUAUUGAUUCCUUUAAAAAAAUUUAAACGAUUUUUAUUUUCGUAAAGGCAGAAACAAUGUAGAUUUCAACGUUUAAAUGUUACCGAGGUUGUUGUUUUUAUGGAUCGAUAGUUCAUUGUUAGAAGAUCGGACAAGGUAAUCGUCUUAUUUGUUCAAGACUAAAGGCAGAGGAUUCGUCCUUCACACAUUAGAACAUCGUUAUCAAUGCACGUAACCGAUUGGUUUAGUUAGAGAUGAUUAUGAAGUAACAAAGCAGUGCAUGUAAGUACUCCGAGAGCACGUCACUUGUAAAAAUCAUUUAAACGAAGUAAACGUAUUACUAAUUUUGUACUACUCUCAGCUGGUGGUGGUCUUGUGCUUUAUUUUCUAUUACAAAAUUCAUACAGUAUACGCUUACUAAUGGGCCUGUAUUAGUUUCCCAUCAUGGCUAAUGUAAAGAUAAGAAUUAACUCAUCCAAGCCAUCGUCGAAUAAAAUAAGUGGGAGUGGUAGAAUAAAAAAAUCAUCCACUACAAAUAAUGAUAAAAGUUCAGGUUCAAAAAUUGCUAAAAGUAGUUAUGUGAAAGAAAAAUUGAAUGACAGUGUGCUAAUAAGAGAUGGAAAACAAAAAAAAGAUAUACAAGUAACCAAAGACAAGUUGCUGACCAAACAUGGUCACCUGAAGCUCAAAAACAAGAAUAAUUUGAAAAUUUGUAACAACAUUUUAAUGAGUGAGUUGCUUAUUGAUAAUAAGAAUAAAAAACCAACAGAGGACACUCCACCUAACAGUUCUAAUAACAACAACAUUGUUAUUAAUCACAACAAGAACAUCAACUCACAAAAUGUGCAAAAUGAUGCCAAUGAUGCCAAUGAUGCCAAUGAUGCCAAUGAUGAUGACUUUUUUGUAGAUUAUCAGCCUAAAGUCCGCACUAAACCUCCUGCAAAGAAACAAAAAAAAGGAAACUUUGUAUGUGAUCAUUGCCAAAAAUCAUUUCUUACUAAAGCAACUCUAAGAAGACAUAUUUAUAUACAUAUACAAUCAGAAUCACACCCUUGCAAGCACUGCAACAAAGUCUUCAGCAAAAACAUAUACUUGUCCGCCCAUAUAACAAAACAACACCCAGAUUGGGAACAGCAUUUUAUUUGCAACAUGUGCGAUAGAACAUUUUUGUUGAAGGAAAAUCUAGUGUUGCACAUAGCCAGCCACACGCAACCUGUGCCAAUGUUCAAAUGCAUUUAUUGCAAGGAGAAAUUUAAAAAGCAAAUUGAAUUAAUGCAACAUGAAAAAACUCACUUGGUGAGCGGAGUAUAUGAUUGCAUCAUAUGCGAGCAAAGCUUUGAUUGCAGAAACAAAUUGACAUCACAUUUUAAAACUCACUUAAAAGUAAAAGACUACAUAUGUCAACAUUGCGGCAAAGAGUUUUUGAGGAAUAACUCAAUGAGACGUCACGUUCAAAUCUCUCAUGUUGGAGUAAGAAUACAAUGUCCAAUAUGUAAGAAAUAUCUUAGAGGGCAUUUGACAGAGCAUAUGCGUACUCAUGAGAAGAAGCGUCCUCAUAAAUGCCCUGACUGUGGUCUGUGUUUCACUCAAUCUACACAGCUGACUGUCCAUCGACGUUCUCACACUGGGGAUCGUCCAUACCCUUGCAGGAUAUGUGACCGACCAUUCACUCACUCAAACGCACUCAGAUUGCAUAUUCGAAGACAUACUGGUGAAAAACCAUUUGAAUGUGCCAUGUGUCCUUUGUCAUUUUCACAAUUGCCGCACAUGAAGUCACACAUGCGUAAAAUUCACGGUAAAGAGAAACCGUACAGGUGCCAAAAAUGCAAAUUGUUUUUCAAACUCAAAGCAGAUCUCGAAAACCAUAAUAAAAAGUGUAAAGAUGUUGAAAAAGAGAUGUCAUUUGAGGAGCAAAUUCAGGCUUCUGUGUCAGUUAAAGAGGAAGAGGUUGUAGAAUCCCCGAUGACUUUGUCGCAUAUGAGAUAUUUAUUGGCUCUCCUCUUGACAAUGAUUGCUACAAAAGAAAAAUUGAAGUACUUAGGGUUCAACAAACGUCUAAUUGAUGAUCUGCUAGUUGAAUCUCUUGAAGCAAUGGGCCACACGCCCUGUAGAGAUGCAUCUCUGACGGCUCUUAAGCGUUUGAAGACAAAUAUUCAGAUUCUGUUGAAUGGAACAGUCCCAAAGGCACAGAUGGAAAAAUUUCAAAACGAAAAUAAAAGCAUGGAAGACAUUCUGGUGUUAUUGACAGAUGAUAAGAAAUAAAUUAAUUUAUAUCAACAGACAUUACAUUAAAAUUUAAAAUUAUGAGAAAACAGUUAUCACACAUUAAUUAGCUUCGUGUAGAAACCUCCAUUCAUAUGUUAAUCUUUUGAAAUAGAAUUGUUACGAUUAUAAUUUUUUUUGUGUUAUGAAAAAAAAAAUGUAAAUUUGAAAAUUCACACAAUUUAAUAAUUUUAAGUUCUUUGUGGGGACAUGUGACUCCUUAUUGGUGUAGUAUAUAGAAUUAUUUUCCACGGUUAGAAUCAUAUUUUUAUAACAAUUUAUUGUAUAAAUGUGUUGAAAGAUUUUUUUUUUUUACUUUUAACUUCAAAUUAAUUUUUGUUAUAAUAAUUAGAAAAUUUUUGCUUGCUAAAUAAUGCAAGGUUUUAACAUAGUGAAUACUUGCCAUAGGAAAAACAGAAAGUGAUUAUUCCAAAGUUUAUAAUUUAUUGCAUUUUAUUAUUUUAUUUAUUUUACUUAAUUAAGAUGAAUUUCAUUAUUUAUGUCACUUAUUUAAGGGUAGCAUAGCAUUUCUGUUAUUACAAUAUAACAAACCAAAUAUAUUUGUGGGAUGAAAGAUAUUAUGUUUGAAAAUAUAUAUAUGUAUAUUAAUUUAUUAAAAAUUAGACCUAACAAAGUUAUAGCUGAACUUUUGUGCCAUUAGUUGUUAUUUUCUUUAUUUUAUGAUUAAGUUUUUAUUCUAUAGCUUUCAUAUUGUAUUGUUUGAUUGUUUUUAAACUUCAAAAUUAUACCAGUGCCAUUCCUUUGUUUUACUAUUUAUAGAUAUAAGUCUUUUUGGAAUCGGCUUGCAGACAUAUCACGACCAUAGUAUGACUAAAUCUGUAGUCGAACCCCAAGUAUCUUUGUGUGAAUUACUCUUAAUAUAGUAAGCAGCUCAUCGUCUCAGUGUUUGUUUCGUAGUUAAGAUAAGGUAUGUAUCCGAUAAAAGAAGCGAGGGUUAUAUUUUUAUGAAGUUAAAAAAGUAAUUUACUAUUUAUUUAGAAUUUUUUGAGAAAUUAUGUAUCUUUGAAAUUUGUACCUCAUCUUUAGUAGAAAAUAUUUAACCGAGUAUUGCCAAUAAAAUAUGUAAGUAUAAAUAUUUCUUUGCGUACACAUAAAGGUGAGUGCACAUGGCGUUUUUAAAAAAAUUACAUGUCCAUAUGGAAUCGUGUAAGGCGAUAGACAGCCGAUAUUCUAAAUAUACAACUUCCGUUGCUUCAUGCAUGUGUUUUUGUUUGAUGUGUGCGCUCUAAAAAUAUCCUUAAAUAGCACUCGAAUGAAUCAUGUGACCGUACCUUCAAGUGGAUUUAAUGUUAUCUUGUUGUAGAAAGUUUUGUAGAAACGUAAAAUAAGGACAAACCGAUAAUCUGGGUGUGUCGCCUACUUUGUGUAUUUUAAUGUCGAUAGAUGUCAUCAUAGAUUAAGUAAAAAACAUUUAAUAAAAAAUAAAAAAAAAAAUAGGAUGACUGUCCUAUGGUAAGCCGAGACUAAGGCUAACCUUUACUAAUACAUAUUAGUAAAGCUUGGUGUGAGGCGACGAGAAAUGAAUACUUGUAAGGGAUUUGUUCAAAUGACAUACACAGUUAUUAUAGCACUAGUUAAUGGUUUUACUUAGCUCUCCAGAAUUACUGUUAGACCGUAGUGUAUGCAUUGAAUUUUAUUUUAAUUUUAGUCCAAGUCAUAUUUAUUCAUGUAGCCAUUUAAUUGUUUAAGGAAAUAAUGUAUGCAUGGAAUAUUAAACUAUUACCGAUGUCGUGACUCUGUUAGCUAUUCAGUUUUAAUGUAUUUACAAAAUCUAUCUUGCCAAGAAAUGAAAAUAUUAUUAGCCAAAGAAAUAAAAACACCCACCUAACGAUUCGGUGUUAUAAAUUUGUUUUAUCGUCUAUAAGUUCGAUUAAGUAUAUUUUUUGUUUAUUUAAAUUGUUUUCUGAAUACUGGAUUGUAGUACCAAAGAGGAAACCUAAGUGUGUAGAAGUAAAUAAAUGUUUUAAAUGUGA